AUGGAAGUGAUGGAAAUCGCUGGAAAAGGUCCACUAAGAGCUCCAAUAUCUCUUGCUCUAGAAAUAGAGGUACUUGGAGAUGAAUCACAACACCAACAUCCACUUUGGGAACCGGACACUGAUCCCACACGAUCUCCACGGCCGGGUUUACCAAGAUCCAGCCGCAUCGUGCCACAUCCGUUCCCUCCCAACCGCGCUCAUCCGACGUUUGAAGGACCUAGCCGAGACGAGCAUCAUUACCAUCAUCAUCAAAACCGACCUCCGGUUUAUCAUCAACCACCUAGACCAGUGUUGCAUUCACACCACGACCAUGUUCUCAAUAGGCGGAGAGAUAGCCAUUUCGAUGCCGUGCUUGAGGGUUUCAUGGAGAGCCAAAGAAGAACUAGCCGCGACAUUGAGACAAAGCUAGAGUUCACGCGAUACGAACUAGAUGGAAGACUUGGAGAACUCUCUACCCAAAUAGAGAGAGUAGAGUCAAGAUGCUUGGACAUGGAGGAAGAUUUGAAGAAGCAAGGCGAGGCCAUUGAAGACAAUAGGAGAGCGAUACACUUUACCAAAGUUUCUACCAAGGAGAUGGACAAUCACUUAGAUGAGAAGAUCACAAGUCUUGAUAACAACCUCGAUGGCACCACCAAGAGUCUCAAUUCAAUAACAGCAGUAGCUCAUCAAGCUAAGAGGGAGGUAGCCGAAGUAACCUAA